AUGUGGCUGCAACAUUAUGUUCUGGUGGAUGAUGCUAUUAAGGACGAGGUGACACAUGGUGAAAGGUGUGUAUCUUUCUAUCAUAAAAAGUUUACCAAUAGAGUUAAUACUUAGCCUAAUUAAUUUAUACAGCAUUUUCAUUUAAAUAGUCAACUACUAAUAGCAAGACUAAAUUUUUGUUUCUGUCUAUAUAGAUUUAAUUCUGUGAGAGGCUUCAGAGAAUGGGCAACCUGUGGAUCCAAUCAUCACUGAGGAGGAGGACCGUUCUCUGGGAGAAGAGUCAGGGCUGUUUGCAGCAUAUCGCAAAAGACAAAAAAGAGAAGUAUGUGGCACUCCAGCAUCUCAGCCUCUACCUUGACAUUUGCGAAGGACAGAACAACCUUUUGUUCAGGGCUAUGAACAGAAACACUCUACAUUCACUGUUCCGAGUGGCAGUGAGGGUCUUGGCAGUGCCUGCAUCAAGUGCUUCUGUGGAGCGUGUGUUCAGCCAUGGGGGAAUCAUACUGCGGCCCCAUCGCUCACAAAUGGGUGAUAGAUUCUUGGCCAAUUUGAUCUUUUGUAAAUGCAAUGCAUUGUAA